AUGUCUGCACAGGACUUCGGUGUGGUCGCAAUUGUGCUUCCCAACCCACAAUACGACCCCUCAGAUCGAGCGCAAAUAGUCAAUGACUCACUCGGCUUUGCUCUGAGAGCAUCGGGCCUUAUUCGCACCCUGUCACCCAACAAUCCUCAUCAUUACGAUGCCAUACAAGGCCUUCUAUACACCCCCAAUCUUCCGCCCUCGAGUCCCUGUGGCAACUCCACCAGAGCCCUCAUCCCAGCAAAUGUCACGACCCGGGCUGAGAUCCCCACGGGCGAUUAUCCUCUGAUUGCAUUGGCACCGUGGACAGAGCCAGAAUGCGUCGGUUCUUACCUGUCUGUCAUGCGGGCAGACGAGGUCCGAGGAGCAAUCUUCUUCCACCCUGACAAUUCCAGCGCACUGCCUCCUCCUGUCAGCGACCAAUCCUGGACUCUGCAUGACGGCGGGCAAUGGAAGUCUAUCAAUGGAUACCCAGUCUAUGCGAUCCCUGGAAUGCUAGGGUCCUUUCUUCUGAAUGAAUUGGCACAGUAUUCGGGCAACAUGUCAGAAGUGCCAUUUGGGGAGGAUCUGAUCACCAUCUACAAUCCCCACGAUAGCGUUAGGCUGUACGCACGAAUGGCCAUCCACACCAGGGCGGGCAUACCGUCGCUAUGGGUCUUCCUGAUCAUCGUCCUAGCCAUCCUCCUCGCAGUCGUCUUGAUGAGCUCGGUUAUCAUGCACAUGAUCCAACGCCGACAACGACGCGUGCUGCAACGCCGAGUCGCCGACGGUGAGGUCAACCUGGAGUCCUUGGGCAUCAAGAGGUUGCAAGUACCACAAGAGAUAUUGGACAAGAUGCCGCAAUACACUUACACGGCCAAGCCGGAGCCGGAGAACGACAACGGGAAUGCUACGAAGCAGCCGGGCGAGUCCGGAACGAGUGAUGCUGUCGGACCCACGACACAGAAGGUGGCCGAGUCCCACAUCAAAGACGUCGAAAGCGCCCUUGGCCCGGCUGCCGCAACUCAUGAAGUCGCAUUCGCUCAGUCAACGUGUCCGAUCUGUCUGGACGACUUCGUCAGUGGAGAAACAACUGUCCGCGAACUCCCCUGUAAUCACAUCUUUCAUCCGGAAUGCAUCGAUCCUUUCCUACGCGACAACAGCUCGCUUUGUCCGUUGUGCAAGAAAUCCUCACUUCCGGCGGGAUACUGUCCAGUCCAAGUAACAAACAUCAUGGUGAGGAGAGAGAGAUUAAUGCGGCGGGUGCAGCAGCGGGGUGGCACACUUCAUGUGUCCACCCCAGCUUCUCGCCUGGUGAUGAGAGGCCGUGCGCUACGCGCUAUUUCAAUUCCCACACCGGCGCCACGCAUAGAUAUUCAUAUAUCACCCGAACAGGAAAGGAGUGCGGGUACAGAGAUGGAUCCGAUGCCAUCUCCCCGAAGAAUGGCCACGGCCGAGGAUGAAGUGCCUGCCGAAGUACGUGCCCAGGGCGUUUCUGCUAGGCGGGCAUGGUUGCGCGACCGAAUCGCCCGCAGACAAGCUCGUGAUUACCAGCAGCGUGCUGAUGAGGGGCGCGUGGCGGAGGCUUCGAGACCUCUUUGGCGCCGCGUUGCUGGCCGAGUCUUCCCUAGCCUCUGA